GCGACUCCAUUUUGUUGAAGAAGACCCGCGGAAGAACUGGGCAGAAAACAAGUCGGGUCUGGAGAUUCCGAUUUGGGGUGCCCUAAGAUCCAAUUUUGGAGCAGCUAACUUCUACUCAAGAACAACUGCUACUUCGAUCUGAGAGAGUUUGAGAACUCCAUUGUUUGCUGUCUUCUUCAACUUCAGCCGCGUUUUUGCUUCUUCAUCACCAAAUUAAGACCUAGUAGCUGCAUACCAAGCUCUUACUCCAUACUCCACUCCGACUCUCCUUCACGGCAAGAGAUCCGAAAGGAGGCACCUCCCGGUUCUCAUUUUCUCAUUCUGGAGGCCAUCCUCCAGUAGCAGACAAGCCCCCCUUGACAAAUUGACGAAACCCCAUGCAGCUUUGAUCGGCAGUCAAUCGAGUGCCUCCUGUAGAAAGAUUUAUCAGCAGCUCCUGUCUAUAGAAACCAAACCACCUUACUUCCACCGCAGAGAUGAUGGCAUCUGAAGAUAAGUCAUUUGCUGCUCCCAAGAAACCAAGAAUUCUUCUUGCUGCUAGUGGGAGUGUAGCUGCUAUGAAGUUUGGGAAUUUAUGUAAUUGUUUCUCUGAAUGGGGUGAAGUAAGGGCAGUUGUCACAAAAUCUUCUUUGCAUUUCAUUGAUAGAACAACACUUCCCAAAAGUGUAGUCGUUUAUAGUGAUGAUGAUGAAUGGUCCUCUUGGAAAAGGAUAGGCGACAGUGUUCUUCACAUUGAGCUCCGUAGGUGGGCUGAUAUUUUGAUCAUAGCUCCAUUGUCCGCAAACACUCUUGCCAAGAUUGCAGGAGGGUUAUGUGACAAUUUGCUGACUUGUAUUGUAAGGGCAUGGGAUUAUUCUAAGCCAAUAUUUGUAGCUCCAGCAAUGAAUACUUUAAUGUGGAACAAUCCUUUCACAGAAAGACAUCUAUUGACAAUCGACGAAUUGGGGAUUUCUCUCAUUCCCCCCGUUUCUAAGAGAUUGGCUUGUGGGGACAUCGGAAAUGGUGCAAUGGCUGAACCAUCUCUUAUUUUCUCAACUGUUAGACUUUACAUGGAACAGUCUAAGUUAGUUAGUCAGUAACUGGAGAAGACAUAGAAAUAUGCCAACUCUUCAAGUCAACAACUAGUGUUCUAUUCAUUUUGUUUUAUAAUUUGUUAAGAUUAAUGUUCUAUGUUGAACUUUUUUCUUCUUUGAAACUUUACCCAAUUGACAUGUGAUUGGUUGUUAUUGUAUACUCCAUAACAAUUUAUUAUUUUAAUUAAUGACAUAAUAUUUUACUCA